CUUUAAGACAUCCAUGGGUCGAUCCCCUUCACCGCAUCGGAGGUAUGCAAACAGCAAGAAAGUGGACAAGAACUCAUCAUACAGACGGACAGAAGUCGAUGACCGCGAGCGGCGGAGGCGCGACCGCAGCCGCAGUGCAGAGCGAGAUGGACGUGACUAUUCACGCCGUAAACGGGACCGAAGCCGAAGCAAGGAUCGCGAGCGGGAGAGUAGGGAUAAAGACAAGAGGCGUAAACGUGAGACUUCUGAAGAGCGGCGGGUGCGCAAAGCGGAAAAGAAGCGUGCGAAGGAGGAGGACGAGGCGCGAAAGGUGGCCGAACUCAGCGUCUACAGCGCUACCGACAAUCCGUUCCAUGACGUGAACCUGGGUCAACAGUUCCGCUGGCACAAGAAGAAUGAGAAGGAGCGCAAGCAGGGCAUGUCGACUUUGGAUUCUCAACGAAGAGACGCUUUGCGGCGCGCCGAGGCUAAGGAGGAGCUGGAACGACUCAACCGCAGGCGCGCUGAGCGGGAGGCGGAUCAGCAGUUGAGAGAGGAGGAGGAGCUGAGGAUGGCCAGACUGCAAGAAUCAGCUCAGAUGUCUGAAUGGCUCUCAAAGGAAGGAGAUUUCCGUCUCGAGCAAGAGCGCAGUCGGGCUGCUAUACGGAUCACGGAGAAGCGGGCGAAGGCCAUCGACUUUUUGGCGCUCAACUUGAAAUAUGUGAAUCCUCCCUCAGAUGAAGAGGAGGAGAAGGGUGAGGACGCCGGUCUGGAGAUUGACUUGGAUGAGCCCUACAAUAUUCUCGACAACCUGACCUCAGAACAAGUCGAAGAGCUUCACGAAGAUAUCGAGCUAUACUUGACUCUGGAGCAAGACAAAACCAAUAUCGAUUUCUGGACGAACAUGAUGGUCAUCUGUAAAGACCGAUUGGAGCGAAUCAAAGCAAGCCAACAAAUGGGUGUUGAAGCUGCCGCCGCCGUUGAAGCCGAUAUAUCCGCUUUGUUGUCCACCAAGACCUAUGAUCAGCUCGCCUCGUUGCAGAGGCAGAUCCAAGAUAAAUUGACCAGCGGAGAACCAGUGGAUACUGACUAUUGGGAGAAUCUCCUCAAGAAACUGCUCGUUUGGAAAUCAAAGGCCAAGUUGAAGAGUCUUCACGAAGUUGUCGUACGAAACCGUCUAGAGCAACUCCGCAAAAGACAGAGGGACGAAGCACUUCAGGCUCAGGAGGAACUGCUGGCUGGUGUCGCCAAGGCUGCUUCAAGACGAAAUGAAGUCAUUCACGAGGGACAGAUUUCCGAAGUUGAAAUGAUUCCUGCCGAAGAAAUCGAGGAAUAUCGCAAGGAAAUGGAGCCACCUCUGCUCGAUAUCACCCAACUUUCAACUGAGGAACGAGAGAUGGAUAUCAUCACCGAGCUUGAAUACCGACGCGCUCUGUUUGCUCAACGACGGGCCGUUGCAGCCUCUCGGUUCGUGCCCAAAGCGGCACCUGUUAUAGCUGACAUUCCCGAGGAGCCAUCUCAGAGUAACGCAGACCUGGCGUCCGAAGCCCUGUUCCGCGCCGAGGCCGAGAGAGAACUUGACGAAGAAGAGGAACUGUUCAAUUUGGAAGAAAACAUAUCAAAUCCUACAUCGUACAACUGGGAAGAUAAAUACCGGCCAAGGAAACCCCGCUAUUUCAAUCGUGUCCACACAGGAUACGAAUGGAACAAGUACAAUCAGACCCAUUACGAUACGGACAAUCCACCGCCUAAAGUUGUCCAGGGUUAUAAAUUCAACAUCUUCUAUCCCGAUCUCAUCGACAAGUCUAAGGCCCCGACAUACAAGAUCGUCAAGGAAGAUGGAAAUGAGGAUACAGUUCUGCUCCAUUUCAGUGCCGGUCCGCCCUACGAGGAUAUAGCUUUCCGAAUCGUCAAUAGGGAAUGGGAGUACUCCCACAAGCGUUCUACCGCAAGUAACAAAGCUGUUGCCUGGCUGGUCGAUGACAUCAUCACUUCGCAUACCGACGCGAGAUCAACCAUCGGUCAUCCUUAGCAUUUAUCACUCAUAUCUUUGUCUUGCUGAAAUGUAACUGAAGGUGACCGAAGGGCUUCACGUGCUGAUCAAAAGCGGUCCCGAUCUUUGGUUCCCUUACGACUGACUUCCACCCGCAACCACCAACUACACUAAUACCAACCAAAUCCGUCUGCUACGAUGGCGACCUCAUCCAAAGUCGACACGAAGAUGGAUGUCGAUGAGCCCACCAUCGAUGAGAGCUUGUACUCGCGUCAACUAUACGUCUUGGGCCAUGAAGCGAUGAAGAAGAUGGCCACUUCCAAUGUUCUCAUAGUGGGCAUGCAGGGACUUGGUGUCGAAAUCGCCAAGGAUAUCUGCCUGGCCGGGGUCAAGUCUGUUACGAUUUUCGAUCCCGAACCAGUCACGCUGCAAGAUCUCAGCUCGCAAUUCUUUCUGCGCGCAGAGGAUGUUGGGAAGAGCCGCGCCGAGGCGACGCUCCCGCGACUAGCCGAAUUGAACGCGUACGUCCCUGUGCGAAACUUGGGGGGCAGUGCCGGGCAGGAGGUCUCGGUAGAGCUCGUUCAGGGCUUCCAGGCUGUUGUGCUGUGCAACACGUCGUGGAGCAAACAGCUUGAGAUCAACGCUUGGACACAUAAGAAUGGCGUUGCUUUCAUCGCGGCUGAGACGCGCGGUCUGUUUGGGUCUGUGUUCAAUGACUUUGGCCCGGAAUUCGUCUGUGUGGACACCAAUGGCCAACAACCUUUGUCGGGCAUGAUCGUCGAGGUAGAGCAGUCUGCUGACGGAUUAGUAACUUGCCUGGACGAGACCCGCCACGGACUAGAGGAUGGCGACUACGUUACUUUUGCGGAAGUGCAGGGCAUGACUGAGCUCAACGGAUGUACACCCCGGAAAGUUACUGUCAAGGGCCCGUACACUUUCUCUAUUGGUGAUACGACCAAUAUGUCUGGAUACAAGGCUGGUGGAAUCUUCACUCAAGUCAAGAUGCCGAAGACCAUCGCAUUUAAAUCCCUCGAGGAGUCGCUGAAGACACCAGAAUACUUCAUCACAGACUUUGCCAAGUUCGAGCGCCUUGCAACUCUGCACGCUGGUUUCCAGGCGGUCUCCGAGUACAAGCAGCAGAACGGACGUCUUCCUCGGCCGCGCAAUGCGGAAGAUGCUGCGCAGGUGGCUGUCCUGGCGAAGAAACUGGAGCCUGAACUGGACGAGAAGACGUUGGCCGAACUUGCUUACCAAGCCAGUGGCGACGUUCCCCCGCUCGUCGCAGUUAUCGGAGGAUUUGUGGCACAGGAGGUGCUCAAAGCCUGCACAAGCAAAUUCCACCCGAUGCUGCAACAUAUGUACUUCGACUCUCUCGAAUCGCUGCCCUCGACGCUUCCCACGGAGGCCGAUUGCCAGCCGAUUGGCUCGCGUUACGACGCGCAGAUCGCCGUGUUUGGCAAGACGUUCCACGAGAAGGUGGUUAACUUCCGUGAAUUCUUGGUUGGCUCCGGCGCCAUUGGGUGCGAGAUGCUGAAGAACUGGAGUAUGAUGGGUUUGGCCACAGGACCCAAGGGACAGAUCCAGGUCACGGAUCUGGAUACGAUCGAGAAGAGUAACCUAAACCGACAGUUCUUGUUCCGGGCAAAGGAUCUCGGUAAAUUCAAAUCGGAGGUUGCUGCUGCUGCCGUUGCCGAUAUGAACCCUGAUCUCAAGGGCAAGAUCGUAGCGAGGCAGGAUGCCGUUGGCCCGGAUACCGAGAACAUCUACGACGAGGACUUUUUCAGCAGCCUCGAUGGAGUGACCAACGCACUGGACAAUCUCAAAGCCCGCGUUUACAUGGACCAGCGCUGUGUGUUCUAUAAGAAGCCUCUGCUCGAGUCGGGGACUCUGGGAACCCAGGGCAACGUGCAAGUUGUCGUCCCCCAUUUGACCGAGUCGUAUGCCUCGUCUCAGGAUCCGCCUGAGAAGUCGAUCCCGAUGUGUACCGUCAAGAGCUUCCCUAAUGCUAUAGAGCACACGAUCGAGUGGAGUCGGACGGAGUUUGACAAGAUGUUUGUGGAUCCCGCGUCGGCCGUGAACGCCUACCUGUCGGAGCCGAACUAUCUCGAGACGCAGCUCAAGUACUCGGGCCAGCAGAAUGAGCAAGUGGAGCAGAUUCACUCAUUCUUGGUCACCGACAAACCGAUCACAUUCGAAGAGUGCAUCGUCUGGGCGCGGCACAAAUUCGAGGAGAAGUUCACCAACGACAUCAAGCAGCUCUUGUUCAGCCUGCCGAAAGACUCGCUGACGAGCACCGGGCAGCUGUUCUGGAGCGGACCCAAGCGAGCUCCGGAGCCUCUGCAGUUCGAUUCGAGCGAUCCACUGCACCUUGAAUUCAUCAUCUCCGCUGCGAAUCUACAUGCAUUCAACUACGGGCUGCGCGGCGAGACCGAUCCGGCAGUGUUCCGCAAAGUUGCAGAUGCUGUGAUCGUGCCCGAGUUUUCACCCAAAAGCGGGGUCAAGAUCCAGAUUAACGACAGCGACCCGACUGCCCCGGCUGGGGGAGACGAAGGUGAUCUGGGGGAACUGGUCUCCAAGCUGCCCGCUCCGUCAUCUCUGGCAGGGUACCGGCUGAACCCGGUCGACUUCGAGAAGGACGACGACAGCAACUUCCACAUCGACUUCAUCGCUGCGUCUGCGAACUUGCGCGCGACCAAUUACAGCAUCGCUGUUGCCGAACGCCACAAGAUUAAGCAGAUCGCCGGCAAGAUCAUCCCCGCUAUUGCCACAACCACUGCGCUCGUCACCGGGCUGGUCUGUCUCGAGCUAUACAAGCUCAUCGACGGCAAGACGAAGCUGGACGACUACAAGAACGGAUUUGUAAACCUGGCGCUGCCCUUCUUCGGGUUCUCAGAGCCGAUUGCGCCUGCCAAGCAAAAAUACGGGGAGACCGAAUGGACGCUCUGGGACCGCUUCGAGUUCGACAACGACCCGACGCUGAAGGAGAUUAUUACCUGGUUCCAGGAGAAGCACAAGCUGGAGCUGACGAUGAUGAGCCAGGGCGUGAGCAUGCUCUGGAGCGGGUUCCUGCCCAAGAAGAAGAGCGAGGAGCGGCUGCCGCUCAAGUUCAGCAAGCUGGUCGAGACCGUUAGCAAGAAGCCCGUUCCUCCGCACACCAAACACCUGCUCGCGGAGGUGAUGGUCGUCGACGAGGAGGGCGAGGACGUCGAGGUCCCGUUCUUGGUUGUCCGCCUGUAGAUAGCACACGAAUCAAAUGUAUCCUGUACUGACCACACAAAUAAAUACCAAUCCAUGCUUUUC